GGGGGAGGAGUAAGUGUCUUGGAUAAUUUUUCGUUAACAAGAAUAAUUUCGUAAAUAGGAUAGAUAAUUAAUGUUUCAAUUAAUGUGUACGUUGGUACACAUUCGUUGAAAGGCUACACGUGCGGUUCAGCGUUAUUUUCUUUCAAAUCAUAAAGAAACCCCAUCCCAACCAUCCCCAUAUGAUAUAAGCCAUUCAAUAAUACGGAGAUUUCUAGCAGCACAGCGAAAGUCAUUACGAACGGUUGCCGUCUGUGCUUCUACGCACGACUAGCAACGCACGGAGGACCCAGCCUCAUGUACGCCACAAAAGGAACACCAAUAAUUUCAAUGCUUCCAGACCAAUAUAACAGCUGUAUAUGUCCCUAAUUGCCUGUUUUGGAUAUAGCUGUGUUUCUAACGUCCUUCCACUCAUAUGAUAGCCCAGACCUCUUGAGUCUUUCGACAUACCAAAUUGGCAAUUAUUUACCUACUUACGGCCGGGCGUACCGCUGUCAUAACGUUGUCACCAGGUAAGAUAAUAUCGCUUGGGCAAACUUACCAGUGCUAAAGGUCGGUGCUGAUCUUGAUUUAGACAGAGAGGAAAAAUAACGACGGCGCUACACAAAUUAUGUCCGGUCGUAAACUGGGAAAUUAAACCCACUCUGUCGUCCCGAGAACUUUGCUUCGGUAGCCUGGGACUGAGCCAUCUUCUUUAAUGCAAACAUCUUCACUGCGCGUUCGCUACGGGUGGAGAUCAGGGGGUGGGUUCCAGGCUGGAUUCGUGUUUCCAAAUUGCAUUCCGUGUGUACCAACUGAGUACCACUGAUAUUUGUUUUCUUCCUGGAGUGGUUUGUGUCGUCGUUAGGAUGUUUUCCUCCGAAGAAACGGCGUUCUUAAAGUGAAGACACUGAUGGACUUGACCGUAGGACUCUGCUGACACUAAACUGGAAGAAUGUCGUAGCGAUGUGCAGUUUUAAGAACGAGUUUUGUAACUUGUUUCGCGGUGAAAUAAAGAUGAAUGUUGCCGUGUGAUCGAAUUGGUUUUGCCCGUAGCUAGAUACAUCAGCGGUGAGGAGACAAUUGUGGUGGGUAAUCUGGCAGUUAUCAACCCGCUCCGGUGAUGAUGUGCUUGCGUGUCUGGUUUGACGUUCCGUAUGUUUCAAAGUUGUAAGAAUCAGCAGAUGUUGCGAAUAAACUGUUCCAAGUAGUUUGCAACGUUCACGCGGGGUUUACUCCACAUCUUUUUCAUCGCCCGUAGAGCUCAGAAACUCACAUCGACUGGACGAGAAGUGGGAGAACGGACAAGACGUGGACAAGAAGAUUACGGGAGCAACUACCUGAGUAUUUAUUCUUUAGAACCUGUAUUUUGUUCAUCCAUAAGACUUGAGGAAAGGUGGAUACUAUCGGAACCAUGACAGCUUUGGUAAAGUCGGCUUGUGUUAUGUCCAUCCUCUUCGUUUCAAUGACCCUUUCGUUUCAUGUGCCGGCGGACGUGGACGCUGCUACCGGUCACCAGAGCGGCGAGGCCGAUCGAGUUUACUUCCAAGACGGGGAUGUUAUCUUAGGCGGUGUCUUCCCCCUGCACAGCUACGACGAGGGUAAGCGAGCGUGCAGCAUCAUCCGUGAGGUGAGGGCCCUGAAGCUGGUGGAGGCUAUGGUGUACGCGGUGGGACGAAUCAACAACAGCACCGACCUAUUGCCGGGGAUUCAGCUGGGCUUCGAGAUCUACGAUUCCUGCUACAGUGACAUCUGGACGUUGAAGAAGGCUCUCAACUUCUUGCCACCGGAUCAGAAGCGGGCAUGCAAGGGGUCCUGGGGGUCAGGGGAAGAGCGGGUCGGGACUGGUGACCUGACUUGCCUUCAUCAGAAGAGAAUUGCCGGGGUGGUAGGGUCACAGAGAAGUCAAAGUAGCAUCGAGCUGGCCCUUCUGCUUGGCUUGUAUCAUAUACCUCAGGUGAGCUACCUGUCGACCCUGGACAGUCUCAGCGAGGUGAAUUAUCCUUACUUUCUUCGGGUCGUACCAUCAGAUCGGCACCAGGUGAACGCCAUUAUGGAUCUGGUCCAGCACUACGGCUGGACCUACGUUUCGCUUCUCUUCUCCGAUGACGAGUACGGGGAGAACGGUUACUACGAGUUCACGCGCCAGGCCGCCGACCACAACGUCUGUCUGGCUUACACCAAAGAAAUAUCUUUCAUUUUUCCCGACACGUAUUUCGACGACAUCGUCGCCGACAUGCGGCGCGAGCCUUUCAACCGUGCCGUCGUCGUGGUCCUGUUCGCCCAUCUGUUCGAGGCCAGGAAGCUGCUGGAGGCGGUGGAGAGGGGAGGGGCCGUAGGGGAGUUCACCUUCAUCGCCAGCGAUGGCAUCGGGAACUUCGGCCGGAAAGGGCUGGACGGACUUGAAAAAGCCGCUCUCGGUAUGAUCACAAUGGUUCCGUAUUCCCAGCGCUUUGCCGAUUUCAACGAUUUCUUCAUACGAAAUCUGUCGCCGAAUAACAGCAACCCAUGGGCCGCGGAGUACAUGGACGCCUACACGUGGUGUGAAUUUCUGACUGGCAAUAUCUGCGCCGUCAACCGGACUGACUCGAUCUCACCCCACGAGACACUGGUUAUAGACAGCGUGUACGCCUUUGCCUAUGCCCUGGAUAGUAUGCUGAGCAAGCAGUGCGGGAGUGAACAGGAUUGGGGCAGUUGCACUGCUAUCGACAAUAUCGACGGUCAAGUGUUGCUGUCGUACUUGAAGCAGACGGAUUAUCAGAGUUUGUCGAACGGCCAUGUGACGUUCGACAACAACGGCGACGGUAUCCCGAGGUACAAAAUACGAAACCUCAACAACGAACUCUUUGGAUGGCCGACUUUUGUCGACGUCGGUUCUUGGCGUGAGUACGACGACGUGAUAGACAUCAACAACGACGUUCGGUUUUACACCAAGGAUGUCGGCGGGUCGGUGGGCGGGGUACCGAGCUCGGUCUGCAGUGAGCCGUGCCCGGUCGGCUCCAGGAAGCAUUUCUUCGAGGACGAGGUGAAGUGCUGUUGGCUGUGCGUGGAGUGUGAGGCAAAUGCCACCGUCGUCAAAGAUGACACCGAGUGUCGCGAGUGUGUCCCUCCGGAGUGGCCGGACGCCAAUCGCACCGAGUGCGUCCCGGUCGCCGCGUCCUUCAUGUCCUGGGGAAGCGUGGAAGGGACGGUGGUUAACAUUAUGGUGUCAGUGGGGGUCUUGGAAGCUCUGCUGGUCCUCGUGUUCUACUUCCCUCAGCUCAGACGCCGUAUCGUCCGGAGAUCCGAUCCCAUGCUUUGUAUGUUCAUCCACCUUGGAGUCUGCUUCCUGCUUGUGGCUGCACUCUCAACCACCUUCGAGCCUACGCCGGCAAUGUGCGUGUUGAUGCGCAUGGGUCCGUCCGUCGCCUACUCGCUGAUCUUUGUCCCUUUCGCGAUGAAGAGCGCCCGGCUGUAUCGAGUGUUCAUCAAAGCACGAGACACCGACUCCGAGGAGGAGGCGGAUCUGUGGGGCAUCAAGAGACAGCUGCUCAUCUUGGCAAUCAUCUGGAUCAUAGAGGUUGGUGUAAGUCUGGCGUGGAUCCUAGUGUUUCCGCCGGAGGUAAGCUACACCUUCGUCCCGAUAGACCAGCCGACAGGGGGCGCUCUUGCCGUCACCCUCUUGAUCACGUGCAACUUCAAGUUGCACGAGACAAUCACGGAGAUGUGUUUCGGCGUGUUUUUCCUCCUGGUGGCGGUCACGCUGAGUUUGCUGGCCCGCGCGCUCCCUGACAACUACCACGAGGCCCGCUUCUGUGUCUUCGCCUCAGCGGGUUCGCUGCUCGUCUUCACGGGGGCCUACGCGGCUGACUUCGGCACCUCCCAGUCCGGGGCGUCCUUCCUGCCCAUCAUGUACCGUGCCCUGGGGAUGCUCACUACCUCCAUCCUCAUCAUGACGUGUCUCUUUGCUCCCAAGAUGUACGUCAUCUACUUCGUCCGUGGCAACAUCGACGAGGUGAUGCUCAAGAAGCGACAGAGCGUGGCCAAUAUGGCGGCGUACCGCACGCGUGCGUCCACGGUGAGCACGGUACCAGCGAUGAACGGGGGGCCAGCGGGACGACGACGCAGCCGAGUUAGGAGCACGAGAAGUAGCAGCGAACCAGCAUCCUCGUCCGGGGAUCAUGGAAUUCAGUUAAAGGCAAUUUCAACGUCUAUCAUCUAAUACAUAAUUGUUUGCUUAACUGUGCAUGACGAUUUUAAUUUUUAUAAAAAUAUGGAGCCCUAGAAAAACUGGUUCCAGAAUGCACACAAUUAUAUUCAAUUGAUUCUGAAUGGCUAUUCACUGGAAGUCUAUUCAUGUAUCUGGUCUACACAAUGGGCCGAACACAGCCCUCUCAAAUUUCAUUGGCAUGAAGAGUAGUCCUUUACGAACGCACUGCCCGGCUCACCAGUCAUCAGUCAGUCAGUCAGUUAGGAAAAAAAGUAGGCUGGCCCUC